AUGACCGAGCCUUCGUCGUCUUCGGCUCACGCCGAGAUCAUCCAGUCUAUCUUGGCCCAAAAUCCACACCUCAGACCAAGAGAUGCUGAGGAUGUCUACGAAUCCAUGGCCUCGUACCGCAACAGAGUGCUCUCAGCUUUACGCCUUUUACCCGUUGUGGGCAAGGUAGUGCCUGCGGUAAACCACAAGAAGGAGCUUAUUGAGAAGUUGAAGCUGCAGCAAAAAACGGCCGUCACGUAUAAGCAGUGGUAUGCGAUUUCGGCAGAGUUGGAUGAGCUCUUGGGCAAUAACAUGUGGAAGCUAGACCCUCAGCUGCCGUUCUAUGAUCACGACAACGUUUACAAAAAUAUGCAAGAGUUGAAAAAUGCACGGAUGGCUAAGGAUCAUAAACUCUUGCUCUAUUUGAUACGGACGAAAUUGACAAGGAAUGUUGGAAACAUGGGUGAUGCCAGGUUGUAUAGGCAGUCGCAUGUGGGAACUAAGAAGCUCAUUGAGGAGUUCAUCGAUGAGUGCCAGCAGUCGCUCGAUUACUUGGUGAGCGAUCCCGAGAUCAACUUGGACGACCGCUAUCUUUGGGGAUGCUCAUACAAACACGUAAGAAUAUCGGCCGAACGGCGCUUUUGCUCUCUGGUGGGUCAACCUUCGGCGUUUCACAUGUGGGGGUGUUGA